CAAACCAGAUAUACUUUGUAUUCAAGAGACUAAGUGCGCUGUAUAUAAAUUACCAGAAGAAGUCAAGACUAUAGAAGGUUACGAAACAUUGUGGUGCUGUAGCGAUAAAGAUGGCUAUGCAGGUGUAGGCAUUAUGGUUAAAGAUAAACCACUUAAUGUUAUUUAUGGGAUUGACUCUAAAGAACAUGAUACAGAGGGCAGAUGUAUCACUGUGGAGUAUGAAACUUUCUUUGUAGUCAACGUAUAUGUCCCCCAUGCAGGUCGAAAUUUAGUCACCUUGCCAAAACGUUUAGAUUGGAACGAACAAUUCGAGAAGUUUAUUAAAAAUUUGGACUCCCAAAAACCAGUCAUAAUUUGUGGGGAUAUGAACGUGGCACACAAAGAGAUUGACUUGGCUAAUCCCAAAACCAACACCAAUAGUGCUGGGUUUUCAGUGGAGGAACGUGACGGCAUGACUGCUUUUCUUGGAAACGGUUAUGUUGAUAUUUAUCGCCACUUAUAUCCCGAGAAGGAAAAAGCUUACACUUUCUGGAUCUACAUGAGAAAUGCCAGACCUAACAACGUUGGAUGGCGCUUGGAUUAUUUCUUAGUCUCCCAAAGAUUUGUGGACAACGUUUGCGAUAACAUAAUACAUAGUGAUGUUAUGGGGUCAGACCAUUGCCCCCUUUCACUCCACAUCCAGAUUUAAGUGUUUGGGCCAACUCUCUGUCUUGUAGUGCCCCAACUUCUUUCAAUAAUUGUUUCUUCUCUUCAAAAUAGUUUUUGAACCACUCGAUAUGUUCCCGUUUGGCGUCAACUGUCAAGUAUGGAUUUUUCGAAAGUCCGACACAGACCAACUCCAUGAAAUGCCUCAAGGGCCCCUUUUGAGGACACCAAGGCUCUAAAUACUUCUCAAGAAACACGUGCUCGGUAAAGUAAACUUUCUUUUCCUCAUCAAGCCCUAAAAUUAUAAAUAUGACACGAUACUUAACAAAUUAGGCGCAACCUUGUUCGUUAUCAAUGGGAAAUUUCCAUAUUUUCCCCUGUUCGGUCCACAAGAUCAUCUGUUGGAAAUAAUUGCUAGGAGGGUGAGUAACAGCCAGCUUUAAAUCCCUCUGGUAUAACUCGUUCCAAGUUUUGUUUUCAACGCCCUAAACACUAAAUUAGACGCUUUGCCCUCUUCAGACGUCUUUAAAAGCUUCAUCAAUAAUUCUGUCUCGGUUUGCUUCACAUCUCCUCCCAACGUCUCUGCUACGUCCUUUACAACUCUGGUCAUUUGUGUCUCUGCAACAAAAUUGUUUUUGCAACAAACCAGAAGUUUUUAAUUCUGUUCACCACUAAGUUUUUUCAAAACAGCAUACUCAGAUUGAUUUCUUAUAGAAACUUCUCUUAUUUUUUUCUUUUUGAAUUCAAAUUGAAAUAUUCAAAUAUUUGAUCUUCAUGCGCCUUUUAUACUUUGUUGACAACUUUAUUGAAGAGGAUGUUAAUAAUUACUUUUUCUGUUUAUGCUAAUGCGACAUUCUCGUUAGUAGACAAAAAAAUAAGGUGAUAACAUUUCAGCAAAGAUAUUAAAAUUAAGUUCACCCAUAUUAUCCUAAAAAUGUGUAAAACCGCUUUAUUACGUCCUUUACCCAAAAUAAAAAAUCCAACGACUUGCUAUGACUUGAGAGCCAUUAUCACAUUGCUUCUCUUAAAAAUUUUAGGCAAAGUAAUUUAUAAUCAAAUUUCUGAAGGUAUAGUAAUUAAUAAUAAUAAACUAUCGGAAUAUCGAAAAAAUUAAGUAAAAGUACUAUUACAGUCCUGGGAAGAAUUAUUGCUUUAGAGCAUUUCCCGAAAAAUUAUUGUAAUGAUGGAAUUUCAAAUCGCUAACGUAAAAAAUUAUAAAAUAAUUAAUUUUAAAGUAAACUUAACAGACAAAAUUGGCGGAAAGCAGGAGAUCAUCGGCAUAUUCCAAGUAUUGUGUUUGUUUCUGGUUUUUGUCUCUAAAAAUUUCUUUAAAAAAUUCGUUACAUUUUCAUCUUGUAAAUUCUUCAAAAUUUAUGAAUAGACUUCCGUUUGUUGAACUAGUUAUUAUCGAACAUCUGAAGACAGAUAUCACCUCUUUGUGUCUACAAAAAUGGAACUCAAUGCUGAUUAAUAGGAAGAAAUAAUAUUGUACAGUAUUAUAUGCAAAGAUAAGCUUUUCGCAUAAAUGUUUUAAAGGACGCUUCUACUGUAAAAAAAUUAUUCAUCGAAGUAUACAAUAAUUACAUAAUACGAAGAUUGUGCAUCAGUAGUCUAUAAUUUAUUUGAACUUAAAUGGGCUUGAAGUUGGAGAAAGUUCUAAAUUCUUCUUCAGCCUUAAUUAAAAAAAUGGCACUUUUUUCCAUGUGUGGAUUGCAAUUGGCCACCUUCAUUUAAUUGCUUUCUGUCACAUGAUUAUUUUUCUUACAUUCCUUACAUUCUUGUAAUUGGAAAUUCCAAUGUUAAGUAUGUUGGCAUUUACAUAGUUUUAAAACAGCUAAUAGAUGUCUCUAAAACGUAAAAAAUUUUUAUAAUUAUAAUGAUCUUGGAAUUACGAUUUAGAGAAUAUGUCAACUUGAUUGUAAAGAGGUCUUAUUUUGCUUUAAAAAUUUGAUAUUCCAAGUACAAUAUUUUGAAUUUGAAAAAACUCUGCGAAUCAUUGAUGCUUUCUAAGCUUAACUAUGGUCUUAUUAUUUAUUAUUCUUGUUUAGAUUAUCGUUCCAAAUAUCAAAAAAUACAAAAUUCGUGUGCUCGUUUUAUUUAUAAAUUAAAUAAAUUUGACCAGGUAUUUUAUUUUAUUUAAAGAGAACUCCCAGUGGACUAUUUUCGCAACAAAACAAAAGCAUAUUUUUCUCAUUUCUAGUUUUUUCAGUGCAAUUUUCGUAUUUUUCCUUUAUUGGAAGAUUUAUGUACUUUUCUAUUUAUAUUUUGUUACUAUUAAGAGGCUCAUACCUCAACAAGUUAUUUAACUUUUUGAGGGCUUCGUUACUUUUUUUUGUGUCCUCAUCCUUUUUCUGGACUUUCUUUUCAUCGUCUGAACUGCUACUCAACUGUGCUACGUGCAAAACUCUUCCAUGCACUUUUAAGAAGUUGCUCUUAAUUUGGCCAAACCUGAAAAUUAUUGGACGUAAUAGUGCUCCCAUUAUUGUAUUAAUGAGCCAACCUUGGUAAAAGGUGCACUUUACUCAUUUUCACACAAUAAAAAUCCAAAAAAUAAUCAAGGUUUUGUAGGUUAGGUUGGGUGGCUAUGGCAAUGGCUACGUCAUUAGCCCAUUUUCCGAAAAGUUUUAAAAUUAUUUUUGUAAGAAAAAUAUUGUAUUAAAUGAACUGGAUACAGCGAUGCACCUGUAAAUAGUUACAAUUGAUUUUUUCUUUGUGUAAUAAUUAAUUAAUUUUCAUUCUUUUUGGAAUCGUAAACACUUCCCGUUUUGACAUUUCGAUAAGUUCACUUUUGACAGUAAAAAAUUGUGAAAUUAAUUAAAUAAUUAUUUAUUUUGUAGGGCCAUUUUUGAAACGCAAAAUAACAGCUAAUUUGAACACGCGCAAAAUCCAUUACAAUGGCCAUUGAUGAACCGAUUUUUGUACAGAAGCGUAAUUAUCGCAAAUUACAAACAGAUGCUUAUCAAAUAUCAGGAAAAUCUUUGGACCGACGGCAAUUUUAGCAACUCACUACCUUACUAACUUUGAAAGUACUCAACCACUUUAAAUAAUCCUGUCAGGAGAACUGGUGCCGAGGUGUCGGGUCAGGUCAUCAAUUUUAGUUAAGACAACGUCUGAAAAAUAAAAUGGGGGUGUGAGUAAUCCAGUCCAUCAGAGUGAGACGUCCACAAUCGCCAUUUGUGAACCAAUAAAUGUAACAGUCGUUAACCCAAAAUAAUUAUGCAAAUCUACCAUCAAUAAAAUAUGUAAUUCGAAUAGAAUCGGUUGAGCUCUGUCCAAGGGGUUCAAAAGGUUAACAGUCGCAGUCCUGGUCAAUAGGACUCCAGGAGCAUAGGGAAAACCAGGCAAAGGGUUACCCCUUUGCUCAUAGAUACCAUCCAGCCCGCUUGUCUCUGGAUCAGCAGCAAUCGAGAGACCACCUCGCGGUUCUGACGUGCAAUAAGCAACGCUGCCUUGUCAUCCACCACUUGUCUUAGGUUGUGCAAUGAGUACCCCGGUAAUAUCCGUCCAGCGUCUACUUCGAGACCCGCAGGUCAUUCAACACCAAGCGUGCAAUGGAUAUUAUGUUCAUGGUACUCGCCUAUGACCAACAUAAAAAGGGGGCGGUUCCAGGCAGUGCAAUGAUCACCUUUUUGGCUAACCUGCUCAACUGCUAAUCACACAUAGCCCUGAGCGUGCAAUGGAAGCCCUCUUCAUAGUGCAGGUGGCGAACAAGUCCCUUAACCUCAUAGCCGAAGCCGUUUCACGGACCAACGAGCAAGUGCAAUGAUCACCUUCCAGCGCUCUCCCCACGACCUAUUCUGCAACCUAGACCUGGGGGUGCAAUGAGCGCGGCUGCCUAGUGAUCCCCCGCGUCCACAAAUAAACAUAAACCAGACCUGGAGGCCUCGCGACGCCGCGACCCUCCAGCGUCCCCUGUUGGGUUAAUCUCGGCGUGCAAUGGGCAUUUUCGAGCGCCGCCCCGCCUCAAGCUUAACCGUGGAUUAAUUAAGGAUAGACAGACUAACAAAGUUUAGCUCGACAUGUCGGGGCUCAACUCAAUCUUAUUCAUAGUUCGUCAACUCUCAAUUCAAUAUCAUUCUCAUCAAGUAUCACCAACUUUAGUAUCAACCUAUCAACUGAUGAAUAGCGCAUUAAUUCAACUUCAGUUUGAUAUUGUACUCAAUACUCACGCAGGUUUCUGAUGAACGUUAUCAACAAUUAUAAAUAUCAACACCGCAGCAAUUAAAAUAAUGAUUGAACGACUCACCCUACCGUUGAUAUGGUAAUUAUUAUAAAUCUCUACACCUUAUUGGAUUGAAAAUCCUCACACACCAACAAACUAGGAUUACUUACUCAGUGAUAACUCACCUUGAUUCACUUAAGAAAUUACUUUAAGUCACUCUAACUUGGAACUGACUCUAGCUCACACUACCCCUCUAAAACUAAAAACUCAUAUGCAAAAUUGCAUAUUCGAAGGCGUCUUUCUCACGGUCGACUUGGGGUGGUCUGCUUGUCACCCUGACUAGCUAAUAAAUUAUGAUCAAGUGUUUAUGUUUCUCGAAAUAAAAGUCUCGGGGUCUU